GCGGCUCUGGACCAUAUCCGGAGCUAUGUGUCUUCGACCUGGACGCGUGUCUGUGGGACAAGGAGAUGUAUGAGAUGGAGGCCAUACCAGACGACAGCGACGUCGUCACAGGGGACCUCCGGGGACGCGGCGAAGGUGUCACUGGCGUCAUGAGCGGAUCGGACAAGAUUUCGUUGCACAAAGGAGCACUGAAAGCCUUGCAAAAUCAUGCUGAUGGCAAGUAUCCCAACAUGAAAAUCGCUGUUGCCAGCAGUGCCGAUACUCCCUUCGCCGAGAAAGUUGGGCGGAAGGCGCUUUCGCUUCUGGAGGUGAUUCCUGGCCUGACAGUCUGGCAGCUCCUCCUAAAGGACUGGGAUGGGAAAGACGUGAACCAGAUCGGCCGCCAGCCACCCUUGUCCUCCAACAAGGCCCAGACCCACUUCCCUCGACUGAAGGAAGCUACGAGCGUGCCUUACGACAGAAUGCUUUUCUUCGAUGACUGCCUUUGGGGGGACCAUUGCGGCAUGGUUGCGCAGUCCUGCCGGGAGGCAAAUGGCAAAGGCGUGGUGACUGUCAGGACUCCCAGUGGGCUGGGCGAGCGUGAGUGGGAUCGCGGCCUGAAGAUGUACGCAAAUGCCCAGAGGUGA